AUGCAGAACGUCAUCAACUCCGUAAAGGGCACUGCUCUCGGCGUCGCGGAGAUGUUCACGCCCGUGCUCAAGGAAUCCAAGUUUAAAGAGACUGGGGUCAUCACACCAGAGGAGUUCGUUGCUGCUGGAGAUCAUUUGGUGCAUCACUGUCCCACGUGGAAAUGGGCAUCUGGAGAAGAAAGCAAAGUCAAGCCCUUCCUGCCGCCGGAUAAGCAGUUCCUCUUGACACGCAACGUUCCGUGUUAUAAACGCUGUAAACAGAUGGAGUAUUCAGACGAGCUGGAGGCCAUCAUAGAAGAGGACGACGGAGACGGAGGCUGGGUGGACACGUACCACAAUGCAGGGACUUUAGGAGUCACUGACGCCGUGCGGGACAUUUCUCUGGACAACAGUAAGGACAAGAACAUGAACGCCACAUCUAGGGCCUGUUGUGACAACGGUGAUGAGGAUGACGAAGAGGAGGGAGAAGCUGCAGAUAUGGAAGAAUAUGAAGAAAGUGGCUUAUUGGAAACAGAUGAGGCGACUUUAGACACAAGUAAAAUGGUGGAAACGAAGCCGAAGUCAGAGCCAGGAAGCGAAGACGCCAUCCUCCAAACCCGCACCUACGACCUGUACAUCACAUACGACAAGUACUACCAGACCCCCCGACUCUGGCUCUUCGGCUACGACGAGGACCGACAGCCUCUCACGGUGGAGCAGAUGUACGAGGACAUCAGCCAGGACCAUGUGAAGAAAACGGUGACCAUAGAGAACCACACCCACCUCCCCCCGCCGGCCAUGUGCUCCGUCCACCCCUGCAGACACGCAGAGGUGAUGAAAAAGAUCAUUGAGACGGUGGCAGAAGGAGGAGGAGAGCUCGGCGUCCAUAUGUACCUUUUAAUCUUCCUAAAGUUUGUGCAGGCGGUCAUUCCCACAAUAGAAUACGACUACACGAGGCACUUCACCAUCGGCAGAGGACAUGGCACUGAGGAGGGGGAGGAAGAGAAAGAGAGGGGGAGGAAGAGAAAGAGAGGGGGAGGAAGAGAGAGGGAGGUGGAGAGGGAAGAGAGGGAGGUGCAGAGGGAAGAGAGGGAGGUGCAGAGGGAAGAGAGGGAGGUGCAGAGGGAAGAGAGGGAGGUGCAGAGGGAAGAGAGGGAGGUGCAGAGGGAAGAGAGGGAGGUGCAGAGGGAAGAGAGGGAGGUGCAGAGGGAAGAGUCAAUCUGCGAAACAGUCGGGGACCUCUCUCUGGUCCCGUUCCCCGUGUGUGCCGUGUGCCGUGUGGAUGUCGCGGGUGGAGGUCGGCUCGUCAUGUCGGUGCUCUGGCCCACGCUGCUGCUCUGUGCCUCGGGCUUCUUCUCCAACCUGCGGCCGUCGGAGCCCUUCCUCACCGCCUUCCUCAUGGGACCUGACAAAAACCUAACCGAGGUCCAGGUCGUGAAUGAGAUCUACCCCAUCUGGACGUACUCGUACCUGGUCCUGCUGCUCCCGGUGUUCCUGGCCACAGACUUCCUGCGGUACAAACCGGUUCUGAUCCUCCAGGCCAGCAGCUUAGUGGCCACGUACGUGAUGCUGAUGCGGGCCCGCAGCGUGCGGCUCAUGCAGCUGAUGGAGCUCCUGUUCGGCCUGGCCUCUGCCUCGGAGGUGGCCUACUUCUCCUACAUCUACAGCGUGGUGGAGCCGGCGCACUACCAGAGGGUGACGGGCUGCUGUCGGAGCGCGGCGCUGUUCGGGUCAGCAGUGGGCUCUCUGUUGGGCCAGCUGCUGCUCUCCGUGGGCCGGGUGCCGCUCUUUCACCUGGUGGUCAUCACGUGCUCCUCGGCCGCUCUGGCCUUCGUCGUGCCCUGGUUUCUGCCCAUGCCCCAGAGGAGUUUGUUCUUCCACAAGAGUCCUGCAGGGGGCGCCGAGGGGCCGGAGAGCAGCACCGGGCUCAUGCAGGGGGAGACGGACAGUAAAGUGCCGCUCCAGGAGAACGGACACGGCUCUGGGGAGUCCAGACCGACCGGCUCAGGCCACAGCGGGGGUCCACUGGUGGUCCUGCGGCUGCUCUUCUCAGACCUGUGGAGCUGUUUCCGCUGUCGCCCCCUGCUGGCCUGGUCCCUGUGGUGGGCCCUGGCUACGUGCGGAUACUUCCAGGUCAUAAACUACAUCCAGGUGCUGUGGGAGAAGGAGCGGCCGUCCCAGGACUACCACAUCUACAACGGAUACGUGGAGACGCUGGCCACGCUGCUGGGGGCCCUGGCGGCGCUGCUGGUGGGGGUCCUGCCCGUGGCCUGGUCGCGGUGGGGGGAGCUGAGCCUCUGCCUGCUCUCUCUGCUCAUGUCCCUGUGUGUGUUCGGGAUGGUCCUCCUGCACAACAUCUGGUCCUGCUACAGCCUCUACGUGCUCUUCAGGGCGGUCUACAUGCUGCUCAUCACCGUGGCAACGUUCCAGAUCGCCGCCAGCCUCAGCGUGCAGCGGUACGCCCUGGUGUUCGGCGUGGACACCAUGGCGGCGCUGCUGCUCCAGUCUCUGCUCACCGCGGUCGUGGUGGACUCGGCCGGUCUGGGUCUGGACGUGCACACGCAGGUCAGUGCACGUGGGCUUUGUUUAUGGGAAAGGAUCCUAUUACUAUCACAAGGAUACUGA